AGGACCCAAAUCGGGGAAGGUUUAGUGGUGUGUCAAAUUUCCGGUGCAAGAAGAUCCUAGUUCUCCUUAUUUGUUGCGGAACAUUUAUGGUUAUUUCCUAAAUGUGAAACAGCGACCCUUCCCUCCUGGCGUUAUCGACUUCUUAUUCCAAUUCGAUUGGACAUUCUACAAGCCAUUGAGUUAUCACUCUUUUGUCAAGCACUGAUUGCAUUUUGCCUUUUCGGUGUUAGUAAGCUCUUCGCUAUUUAUAAAGUCUUAUAGGUUAUCCAGCCGCUUAGUGAAGACCUGCUUCUCUCGAUCAUUCCUAGAAGCUUGACUGAAUGAUAACCGAAUCGGAGCAAAGGUUAACAUUCCUGCAUUAUAUAAUUCCUUAGAUGUCCACAGCCUCAUUAAUUUGAGGAUAAAACCUAAUUAAAAGUGUAUUAAUGACCCGUAUGAACGCCGCCGAUAAGAUAGCAGCGCCUAUCGCGUCACCAAAUCGAUAGUUUCAAUCCCCGAGUUUGAAUCCUUACUGUGUAAAUGUAGAUAGCGGUAACUCGAAGAUGGCGUCCUUGAAACUACUGUCUUAUCGGCCGAAAGUCAGUUCAGAAGGCGCGGAAUUCGUGAGCAGCGGCGACUGGCAGCUAUCGACCAAGAGGAGUUCGCUGUACGACAGCGUCGUCGUCGACGUGAAGGGAAGAGCGCCCGAUGCCGAGAGCAGGACCUCCCAGAUCUCGAGCGACAUCUCCCUCACCAGACUAGAUCGCAAAAUGGAUUACACGUCCUCCAAGUGCGCGGUGGAGGCUCCUCAGCCGCCACCUGAGAAUGGCACUCUGCCUUUGCAAGAUGUUCACACGCCAAAGAAGAGUGUCUACGGCAGCGCCAACGUCGUCGUAGUCCAGCAGGCCUACAAGUCCUACGGGAGCGGAAAGCACAGAGUCCACGUCCUGGAAGGUCUUGACAUGUGUGUGCCUCAGGGCGCUAUUUAUGGGUUGCUGGGUCCCAGUGGCUGUGGGAAGACGACUCUCCUCGGAUGUAUAGUGAACCGCCUUUCCUUGGAUUCUGGCGAGAUCUUCCUGUAUGGGUAUCCACCAGGGAGUGCCCUCGCUGCCGUCCCAGGUCACCGGGUAGGCUACAUGCCACAGGAAUUGGCCUUGUAUUCGGAAUUCACCAUCGGAGAAACGCUGAGUUACUUCGGAAGAAUUCACAAUCUCUCGUCCGAGAAAAUCCAGGAGAGAACCAACUUCUUGGUGAAGUUCCUCGAUCUUCCCGAACCCAACAGGUUAAUCAAUCAGCUCAGUGGUGGCCAGCAGCGACGCGCCAGUUUUGCAGCGGCAUUGGUUCAUGAACCUGAAUUGCUGAUUCUGGACGAACCUACAGUUGGCGUUGACCCUCUGCUCAGAAGCAGUAUUUGGCAACACUUACUCGAUAUCUGCAAAACAGGACGUACUACAAUCAUUAUAACGACUCAUUAUAUCGAGGAAGCCAGGCAGGCAGAUAAGGUUGGCCUCAUGAGAGGAGGGAGACUGCUGGCCGAAACCUCGCCGUCGAGUUUAAUCAACCACUUCAACAUCCCGUCCCUUGAAGACAUCUUCCUCAAGCUCUGUCUGCAGGAUUCAUCCGCCGACGACCUCAAGUCAGGAAACGUCAACCCUGCCUACGACGGGGACCUGGCCGUAGCAGUAACGCAGAGCAACACCCCUGGCACUUUACCAGAGGCCAGGGGGGUGACCUCUACCCUCUGGGAGGACGUCAACAAGGUCACAGGACACUCAAUGCUCCGAGACUCGGAGCAUACUGACGUCUGUAUGUCUCCUUGGAUCGCGACGUCGAAGUACGAGAGACUUUUCUCCUACGGGAGAUUCCAGGCUCUGCUGAUCAAGAACUUCAUCCGACUGUGGAGAAAUUUAGGGUUUCUCAUCUUUUCCUUCCUGAUGCCGCCUCUGCAAACGGCGCUCUUCUGCCUGACCGUUGGUGGAACUCCUUACGAUCUGAACAUGGCCGUGGUGAACCUUGAUCCAGGCUUGAGUAUUCCGCUGGCUCAUCCCAUCAACAUAUCUUUCUCCGAAGAUUAUUUACAGAAGCUCAAUCACCAUACGCUGAAUCUGGUAGACUACACCGACUUUGACGAAGGCCACCAGUCAGUGGUCGAUGGGAAAAGCUGGGGUCUCAUCCACUUUCAUCAGAACUUCACGUUAAAUUUAAUUUGCAUUUAUGGGCCUGAAAAGUUAACAGGUUUUUUUUGUGAUCAAAGGAACGUCACCGAUGACAGCAAAGUUCACGUUUAUCUGGAUAAUACGAAUUCCCAAAUAGCGAUUACAAUAUGGUUAGAGAUAUUCAGCUCCAUGGAAAAGUUCGUCUUCGAAAUAGCUGAGAAAGUCGAGAACAUUACUGGGACAGACUUCAGUAAAUUUGCCAUUCCUCUGCAGGUGCAUGAUCCAAUUUACGGCUCCAGUUCGGCCACUUUCACAGAAUUCAUGGCACCUGGAGUCAUUCUGUCAAUAACGUACUUCAUGGCGGUAGGACUAACAGCUCUGUCCUUUGUUAUUGAGAGGAAGGAAGGGCUGCUUGACAGAUCUUGGGUGGCGGGUGUUCAGUCGAGCGAAGUUAUGUUGGCAUUCCUGGCAACGCAGAUGGUGGUAAUGCUGGUGCAAAUUGCGCUCAUCCUGGUCUUCAUGUUCCUUGUCUUUGAGAUUCCUUGCAAAGGAAACAUGGCUUGGGUCAUCCUCAUCUCGAUCCUGCAAGGACUCUGUGGCAUGACUUUUGGUUUGAUGACGUCGGCCCUGUCGAAGGAUGAGAACACGGCUCUCAUCAUGGCACUGGGUAUCUUCUACCCGUUGCUUCUCCUGUCUGGCAUCGUGUGGCCUGUGGAGGGCAUGCCCACAGCCCUGAGGUACAUAGCCGUGGUCUUACCUCAGACGUACGCUUGCGACGCCAUCCGUGCUGUGCUGUACAGGGGGUGGGACAUCACCUAUUCCACCGUGUACCUGGGUUACAUCAUCACCCUCAUUUGGCUCCUCAUUCAUAUAGCCAUCACCCUCAUUGCUGUCAAAGUUAGGAAAUGAUCCCAAAAGGGUUGUUAAUAAUGGUUGAACUAUAUCAUCCGUAAGAACUCUGAGGAAACGGAAUGUUUGUUAUGUAUAUAAAAGUCAGUUUAAGCGGUUUGACGAGAUCGGAGGGAUUACGUUGCAAAUUAAGAGAGAAAAGGGUCAAAAGACGCUAAUUAAGAGACGUGAUAUAAUAGUUAUGGGGAUAAAUAGCUUAGAAUAAAAAGCCUGUAAAAGCUGUGAUAUAUCGUAGAGGGCUACCGUGUGAGAAAUUCUCGUUUUAUUUCCAACUUUUAAAUAAUAUCUUUAAAAAAAUUUUCUCCAGUGAGUAAACAGAUUAAAUGAAUACUUUUUCUCUGCUUACUUCAAACGGCAUUGUCUUAAAUCAACCUCAAAACUCUGUGUCGAAGGAUAAAUUUCCAUGGAAUGUUAAUGGUGAGUCCUUGAAGGUUGAAGUUUGUGUGGCAAAAACUUCAAAGAGAUUUCAGAAAUACGGAGUUCGCAUUGUAUCAGUUUAAGAAAUGUGAAAGGACGAAGUACCCAGGGUCAUUAUUUGAAGAGACUGAACGAAGAAGCCAGUGGAGCAUUAAGUUCAAGAUAUAUAAUCUCUAGUGUUACUUGCGACAUUCAUUUCGUGAUGGCUCCUUCCGGUAACCAUUGGUCGUGUGAUGAAGAUUAUCAGAGAUAACAUAAUAGAGAGGGCCAGGGGUUAUCCUGGCGCUCCACAAACGUGAUAUGAGGCGGUAACGGUCACUCGUGUUUCAGUCAUGAUAUGGAGACAAUGAUUCCAUAUCUGUGUGUGCCUCUCUUUAAGGCUAAGGAAUAUUCAUGCACUAAAUCGACCUCCUGUUUUCUGUUGUUAUGAACUUUGGAUGUGUAGCCAUUCAUUGGCUGUGAAUGCUCACCUGCUUACAGAUUGCGAAAUUUUUUCCCUAUAUAAUAGAAUAUUGUGUAUGUAUGUGUAUUUUUAAAUGAAUAUUUUUUAUGCAUGUAUUUAUUAUCAGCGAGAGUCUGUGGCAUGCCAUAUUGAAUAUGGUCCAUAUGCCAAGAGAAAAUCCCAUGUGUUGACAAAAUGCUGAUGGGACAUCUUAAAGAUUAAAGGCCUGAAAUUGG